UCUGUGUGAUGUUGUCCAAGGUGGAUGUAAACACCGGCAUCUGGGCCUCCUGCUAGCUGGUCCGACGCCGCGUCCCCCCCCCCGCCGUCAUGCUGCGCAGCAGCCGCCUCGCAGCCUACCUGGAGCUCACGGCCUGCUCAGCCAGUAUCCGCGUCUGUAGGAGCGGGCUUUAUCAACCCGGGGUCACGAGGUUGUGCCGGUGGGCAUCCUGCCGGCGAGAGCUGGUAGCGCACGCCGGGAAGAGGGUCGUAUUCUGGGGUCAGAAUCAGCGAAUGUUCUGCUCGCAAGUGGGAGCUGAGGACCCGGGAGGAGAGAGCCCCGGUCGGCAGCCAGACAUUUCGGUUGUCGGAAUCCCGGACCCGCUCACUUGGAUCCGGUGUAAAGUAAUAUUCUUCUUCAUUGAGCUCUACUUCGACCUGGACGUCAACUCCAAGGACUUUGAAAGAGGAGUGAAGCAGGCAGUGGUCCACAUAUCCAGCUUGAUGUCCAAAGGCAAAUACUUUCAACUGAAUGGGGUUGUGUCCACUGAGAUGAUCAGGUACAUUGAGGAGAAGUGCCAGCCUCUCUCAGAGUGUCAGAGGCAACAUCUCUCCAUCCGCUUGGAAGAUAUUUUGUUUGUCCACCCAGAAGACAUAUCUGUGGUAUUUGAUGCUCAUGGUAGAAAGUUCUGCAACGUCGUAAUGAGACUUUGGCACCUGUCCUCACAUGAAGGCCCUGAUGACCCUGAAGGCAGCAGAAUAUUUGAAGUGUCCCCAAGCAGAGAUGGCGUCCCACAGAAGAAAAUAGCAACAGCCGUCUAUGAGUUCCAUCAGGAGUUAACAGGCAACGCAUCUUCGGACUGGACCGUAACCACAGUUUGGCACUGGACCUGGAACUCAAGUCAAUCUGAGUAACGGAAUAUUAUCAAACUAAAAGCAGGCAGAGGACUCGAAACCUGGACCCAAAACCACAUAAUCCUCUGGUAGGACUUUAAAACAGGUGUGUCCAAGGAGAGACUAUUUUCGUGCCUUAGUUUGUUUUUAUUGGCCAUACAUACAUAUGCAGUGGUGGGACAACAAUUAACACAAACAAUUUAAACACAUUUAAAUAUUAGUCAAUGACAACACAACUGAACACAAUAUGCUGCUUUUAAUUAAACUAGCAGCAAUGACUCAUCCAAGAGGUCACAAAAGACCCCACAACAACAUCCAAAGAACUGCAGGCUUCACUUGUCUUAGUUAAGGUCAGUCUUCAUGACCCCACCACAGAAAGGACACUGGACCAAAACCACUGCUGACAAGUUGAAGUUUUUGGAAAGAGUACAUCUGGCGUAAAAGUAACGUCGCAUUUCAGAAAAAGAACAUCAUAGCAACAGUAAAAUAUGGUGGUGGUAGUGUGAUGGUUUGUGGCUGUUUAGCUGCUUCAGGACCUGGAAGACUUGCUAUGGUAAAUGGAACCAUGAAUUCAGCUGUCUACCGAAAAAUCCUGAAGGAGAAUGUCUGGCCAUCUGUUCGUGACCUCAAGCUGAAACCAACAAUGAUCCAAAACUCACCAGCAUGUCUACCUCUGAAUGGCUGAAGAAAAACCAAAUGAAGAUUUUGGAGUGGUCUAGUCAAAGUCCUGACCAGAAUCCUAUUGAGAUGUUGUAGCAUGACCCUAAAAAGAUGCUUCAUGCUGGAAAACCCUCCAGUAUGACUGAAUUACAAUUCUGCAAGAAAAAUGCCUCCACAGCGCUGUAAGAGACUCAUUCCAAGUUAUCGCUAACACUUGAUUGCAGUUGCUGCUGCUAAGGGUGACCCAACCAGAUAUUUGCAUUAGGGAGCAAAAGUAAAAUCAGGAGGAGAGUAAACACGUUUUCUACUCCCGUCAACAACAGCGAGAACACUUACAUUGUCUGGUCUCGUUGGGGUGGCUGUGUCUUCCAGCACAAGACGUGUGCUCCAGUCCUCAGGUAAAAACUGCUGACGGCAAACGAGCAUUUUCUUGAGUCUUUGUAGCGAAACAGAGAGCUUGGUAUCCACUCUUCCAUCUGUAAGCGAAGCUGACACAAACCGCUCGCUUGUGUUAGUCCGCCGGAUAUCAUUUUUCGUGUUAGCUGCCACAAUAACAAUAUCACUGUAGCUUGGUUAAUAUAGAAGUCCGUUAUGUAAAUGUAACACUGUUGCCAUUUUUUGAGUUUUUUGUGUGAGGGCUUUUGUGUCAAAAUACGUAUUUCCCAUCAUGUGCAUUGUUAGCUAGCUCAUAUUAACUUUUUUUUUCUUGAAAUAAAACAAAUACUUUAUGUGAUCAUGUUUCACAUAAGGAUUGUGAACGUUGGGCAAUAUUCCCCAAAAAGUGCAGUUCCCCUUUAAGGCUCUUCUUUGUCUGUUUAUUUUUUUCAAGCAAGGCGGAGCCGGCCUGGGGGUGCUUUUAGAUGGAGGAGGGGCCCACAGCAGCACCCAGUUCUCCUUGAGAACAUAUACAAUAUAUAUAUUGUAUACAUAUAUACAUACAUUGUAUAUUGUAUACAUACAAUAUACAAUACAUGCUUCUGUUGCCAAAAGUCUCAACUAGUUUUGAAAAAGAGUACUGGUAUUCACUGGUGGACAAUGUGCGUUAUACUGAGUUUAUUAGCGAGGGCGGACAGGUAGUGCCAUAUUUAUUUGUGUUAGCCCGCCCUACAUAGAUGAAUGUAUGCUGCUUGAAAAUGUAGAGACUUGUUAUUUCGAGUCUGAACGGCUUGUUGCCUGCUUUAACAUGUUGGACCGUGACACAUUUGUGUUGUAAGAAGAACACAACAAGAAAGUGCACAAGAAUGUAGUCAUAGGAAAAAGUGUCAGACAUGUCAGCAACAUGAAAGCGACGUGUCGACUCAUUCUGUCAACACUCUUGAGUCGCUUAUGUUGACAAUCAAGAGCGUUGAAAUUCACGCGUGACAGGAUUAAUUCUUAUUUUCUUUGUGUGUGUGUGCUCCAGUGGCAUCCUAAUGAGAUUACUUGUAGCGCCGUUAGCUUAGCAACACGAUGAUGGACGUUAAAGAAUUUGUCACCCCGCUGCGUCGUUCCCUUUUAAAGACUAAGAACACAAAGAAUACGCCGACAUCUCCUCUUAUUUUAUUUAUUAUUAUCAUUAUUAGUUGCUAAACUGCGUGCGUGAGUCAAGGCCGCCUGCCAAAACCCUUCAUUAUUCCACUUAGCGAAACUGAUGGCAGCUUCAAGGAGCCAUAAAUGAAUUGUUUUGUCUCUUUAAUACAAUUACAGCUCAGACUGCUUCGAAAUCCAACCUGAUAUUGUCACAGAACAGAUGUGAAAUUAUCACUUUGCUUGCAUUUCCAGGACAAAUAAAGGUUUAGCAAUUUUUAAAAUGAUUUUAUGGAAACAUCAUGACACAUAAAUAUGUCACAUUUAGUAACAAAAUAAACUUUUCCACUCAAACAUUGCCUGAUAGGCAGUAAAAACAAAAUGUUCUGGUUAUAAAGCUUUUAUCUCCUUUAGGACCCUUCGGAAAGCCUCGACACAGACGUCCCCCUCGGGAUGCUUGGCUGACGCCAGCUUCCAGGCCUCCCCAAACGUCUCCUCGGAAAUGUUCACACCCACAUUCCUGAAGAUCUCUGCAAUCUGUGAAUGGCAGGGUGGAAACUUAGAAACCAAAACCUCUUUAAGCGAAACAAAAUUACACCAGAACUGUGUCAGUUCUUUUUGCAUUGCAUCAUUUUUGCUAUAAGUAUUAAAACUACAGAAAAAGACAACUAGUUAGGCGCACACGGCAAAAGAAUAUGUAGCCAUGCGACCAUACUGUGGGGAUAAUUGUCACUUUUGAUCUUAUUUUCAGUUCAACUUUUCAUUAUGUGAGGCAGACUCUGAAAUAAUAGUUUCACAAAUGAAAGUGUAGAACUAGCCGCUACAAGUGAACGGAUAACUUUUGCUGUUAUAGGCAUUUAACUGCUGAGUUAGUUUAUCCGUAGUUG